AUGGAAGGGACGAGAUUUCAGUUAUUGCAAUUGCGCAAAGGGCCCACUACAUCAAGCCGAAACUGUCCAGAAUUGCCUUUCACUGAGAAGCCGCUGGAAACAGUAACGCUACCUUCAAAAGUUCAACAUUUCUCAUGGCCACCUGGGCAAGCGUUCCCAUUCGACACGCUGCCUCCCUAUCCUGCAGGUCCCAACUUAUCUAAAGUACGAUAUCCACGAGAUGUGUGCUCGCCGCGUUACGUAUGUCCACAUUGCAGCGAGCAGUUCUUAGUAAGUCGAUUUACACUUUCGUUUCCAAUUCAAUAUCCAUCCAUAUCCAAAAUAAUCGAGUCACCAUGGGUAGAGAUAGUUGUUAUAGCUCGUCCAAGCGCCCCAUUCUUCUUCAUUUUUCUGGUCUUGUUCUCGUCCAGCCCCCUUUUCAACGAUUCUUCGAAGUCUUUUCUCACUUUAGAAACACCGAUUCACGCAGUUUUUCGCCGUCAUCACACCAUUUUCCAUCUUAUCUUCCAUUUUUCGUCAUAA